AUGAACAUACAAAACCAACCAGAAGAAAAUAGGUCUCUACGUGAUCUUUUUGAUUCAGCAGAAGGAUUUCGUAAAAGAAUAGAAGAAGGAUCAUCAGUUAUUGAACUAUUAACGGACUGUAUUUCUUUAUAUGAAAAAUGCCAUUAUCUUACAAGAAAAUUAUGUCUUUUUAGUAAAAAUGAAGGAAUUGAUGACAUAAACACAUCAGAAAUAAAAUUUCUUUUAAUAGAUUAUUAUAUAGCAGAACUUUUAGACAAGAACGUAACGUCUAAUAGAUCAUCAGCUAUAAUGAAGUCGAAAAAUCUAUUCAUUUCAUUCUUAAUAUUAUGUGAUAACUAUGCAUUACUAACUAACUCUGAUAAAACCUUAUUUGACCACCUUAAUUCUACUGAAAUGAACAAUGAAAAUUAUAUAAUCAGAGAAUCCGAUAUUUCAAGAAGAGAAGGAAAAAUACAAAGAUAUAAAAGAGAAAAAGAGUUAAACGAAAAUAUAUCAAAUUUUCUAAAAAAUCCAUCAAAAGAUGAUAAUAAUUUGCGAAAACAUUUUCUUGAGCUCAUUCAACUAGCUAUAUUCAAGUCUCUGCAAAGCAUAGAACAAUUAGAUCUAGAAUUAAAAAUGAUAGAAAUCUCAAAAACAAACAAACAAAACACAAAUAAUAACUAUCAUGAAAUCCAAACAGAAAAAGAGAUGCAUUCAACAUUAAAAGUGGAAAAUAAUCCAUUAAAAAAUGGGGCACUUUUAGACAAAAACGGAAAACCAUUACGUCCUUUUACUAUUGUAGGGAAAAGAGAACAAUUAAAAAAAAGUGUUUUUGGACCAGAUCAUAGUUUACCUACGAUGUCUAUUGAUGAAUAUUUAGAAGAAGAAGCAAAAAGAGGGAAUAUCCUUUCUAAUAAACAAAUACCGCAAAAUAAAAGAGAAAUUGAUCAAGAUAGCGUAGAAGAAGUGGAUAAAGAAACAUAUAAGGCAAGAGAAUGGGAUGAAUUUAAAGAGGCAAAUCCUCGAGGAUGGGGGAAUAGGACAAACAGGUAA